GGCACCUGGCCACAUGACUCCAGCAAAGCCACACAGAUUUGAUGGCAUCGGUAAAGUCUACUGAGGAGGAGCGCACAUCCCGUCAAAUGAAGUGGGUCUCUCUGGUCAGGAUCAAUACAUCCCCUGAGCAUCUGCCAGACGAGGACCAUAAAUCCAUGAUGCUAUGGGAGAAAGCCAGAGGGAUGGAAAGAGAGAGGGAGUACCACAGCAAGGGGAGAGAGGCUCCUCUUUAGCGUAAUGGACGACGGUUCAAAAGUUGAACGUGCUGGGGCCCCCGCUCUCGCGUUUUUGAGUCAUUGUGCUUGGGUGAGGGCGGUGCACGUUGAUGGCCAUUAAACCGAAUAUGAGAACCGGGCGGCGAGAGGUGGGGGUGUAGUUGGGUUGGGGCUGUGCAUUAGGGAAAUUGCCUCUGCCUGCUACGUGGCACGGCACUGAAGUAAUUACACGCGGGUGGAGCAAUGCUGAGGCCACGCUUUACAUGGAAGUGUGUGGCCGGUGUGGGCUGGUCUGCCGCAGAGGGCCCCCGCCCCGCCCUCCCCGUCCGUCUCCCAGGAACCCAACCCAACGCUACUAACAGGAUGGGGCAGCGUGGAUGCCGACGAGGUGGGACGUAGCAAGAAGAAAAGAGAUAGAAAGAGGGCCAGACAGAGCGAGACGGGGGGAGGAAGGGGCGUGGGUCAGGCCAUGGCAGUGCUAGGUGGACUUCGAAACGCGGCGUCCGAAGGGAGUGCUGGCAGUAGAAAAAACAUGUCCCCGUGCAACAUUUUUGUUAAUAUGGGUCACCUGCACGCGCUUCGAAGAUUGGUCUGUCGGCUCGGUUAAGUGAUGACUACAGCUGCUAGACACCGGCAGUAUGGGACUCACCUGCUUUAAGUCUUGGAAGAACAACAGCGCCACUCAGAAAGGAGGGAACAGAGAUGUGCUGGUCAGCCCCGGGUCCUACUUCUUCCUCUCCAACAGUUGUGGUCAGGGAGAGGAGUGGCUCAAGACCAUCAACAAUGGUGUCUGGAUACCCUUCACAGGCGUUUUUGGCCAGCGGUUGGAGGAGACGGUUCUAUAUGAGCGACGUUAUGGGGUCCACAUGGCUCCCCUGGUGGUGGAGCAGUGUGUGGACUUUAUCCGGGAGAGAGGGCUUCUGGAGGUGGGUCUGUUCCGCCAGCCAGGCCAGGCCACGCUGGUCAAGGAGUUGCAGGAGGCCUUCGAUGCUGGGGAGAAGCCCUCCUUUGACAGCAGUACAGACGUACACACCGUGGCAUCUCUUCUGAAGCUGUAUCUUCGGGAGCUGCCUGAGCCACUGGUGCCAUUCUCCAGAUACCAGGACUUCCUGCUGUGUGGCCAGAAGAUCUCAUCUGAGAGGAAGCAGGGUUUGCUAGAACUUCACCAACUUCUUCAUGAACUUCCAGUGGCUAACUUUAACCUGCUCAACUACAUCUGCCAGUUUUUGAACGAAGUCCAGUCCUAUUCCAACAGCAAUAAGAUGAGCACCCAGAACCUCGCCACGGUCUUCGGGCCAAACAUUCUACGACCCAAAGCUGAGGAUCCAGAGAGUAUAAUUGGAGGGGCAGCAGUGGUUCAGCAGCUUAUGUCCGAGCUGAUCAGGGAGCACCGGCGCCUUUUCUCCAGGGAAACGGGAGAAGCGGGCGACCCCUGCUCUUCGAGACCCGACUCUUACCCCUGCCAGAGAUGGAAGGGAGACCCAUCGAAGGGAGCUCCAGCCGAGCAGUCUCCCCAGGCCGAGUCGCAUGACCCCGGUUUGGGUGUGACAGAUGAGCGCUUCUGCCAGCCACCGCUAGCCCGCCACUCUUCCCCUUGCUCCCGCCAGCUGUCCCUGCCUCUGAUCGCUGAGAAGAGACGUUCGGCCCAAAGCCUGCAUGAAACCGGCGUAGCAUGGGUGCCAUCCAGCACCGCCCGCCAGCAAACAGCGGAGACGCUGCCUCCAGGGAGUCCAACUGCCGGGGCUCCGUACCACAGGAAUGCUCCGCCCCAGCCCUGUGAGACAGCAGACGGCCCCUGCCUUCACCCCAGCUCCCCGCUCACCGCCUCCGCUUCCUCAGUGACUAUACAGGCUGACCCAGACGGUGCUUGUCCUGGCCCGGACGAUCCCAGCUGGGGAGUGGAGAAGGGAAACGUCGGCACCAGGGGCAGCAGUGAAGCUCAGGACAGCACACUGUCAGUCUACGACAACCUGGACCCGCUCAGGCGCUUGGACAAGGGGGCGGCGGAUAGCAGUGCUGGCCUCCAGGUUGGUCUGGUGGAGCCCGAGACGGGCUCGGCCAGCGCGGCAGACACCAGCAGCUCCUGGUCAUCCUGCGAGAUCUUGCCCCUGGAUGACAACGGGAGUGGACUAGUACGAGCAAGCCGGGGCUCCACAAGGUUCUCCUCAUUCAGGACUGACAUAGGAGAGGAGGACCCAUGGGCUGCCUCGCCCGCCUCUUCCUCCGUGCCCACCGAUGCGCCCCUGAGCACAGGCAGCUCAGAGGUAUUCCUGCCUUCUAAUCUCCCGGACCCCCAUGGAACCCCAGCCAACCAGGCCAUGUACUGUCUCCUGGCCAGUCUCAGGCAACAGAUGGCCAGGCAGAGGGCUGAGUUCGAGGCCAAGAUCCAGAGGUUGGAGCGGCGUAACGAGGCCCUCCAGGGGGAGGUGGUGGGACUGCGUGCCAGCCUGGAGCAGCAGCGCCGCUGGUACAGCGUUGCCGAGAUCAAGAUCCGCAACGUGGAGCGCGCCCGGGCCGACGCCGACCGCCGCAACGCCACGCUGCAGAGGGAGAUGGAGCAGUUCUUUGACACUUUCGGAGAGCUGAGCGCGGAGAACCGGAAGAGCGAGCGUAUCGUACAGAGCUUCUGAUGGCCGGUCGGAUUGGUAAAAGGUGUAACUAUCGGCCCACCGCCUGAGCAGCUUCAGCUGGGCGUGAACCACCGUGACCUGAAUGGAAUCUAGAGGGAAAGGUCUGUUGCCGUGAUCAAUCCAUAUUGGAUUCUUCUCAUCAUUAUACAUGCUUGAGGAUGGUUCUAACAACGCUUUGUUCUGCACUGAUGACUUGGGCAGAAUGUAGUUCAACAUGACCCAAGAAAAGACCUGACCAGAAUGACCAAAGUGUAGACGAUUAAGACAAAUAACACAAACUGUUGAAUAAAAAAAAUACAUAUGUGUGAAUGAAGUAAGCCCUAUACAGAAGAAAGCUUAAAGGACGACACUAAUUGGAACUACUGUAAUGGAUUGGUCUGGUUGAAAACUGGCUGUUGGGAUAGAGGACAACCCCAGAUCCAGGUCACCCUGAGACACAUUGCUACAGUACUGAUAGAGAUGUUGAAUCCAGUGGUGGGCUGGAAACCAACAGAACAAGAUCAUCAACCAGAGCUAUUCAGAGCUGACCCUAUAUGAAGUCUGGACUACCUGGUUUGAUGGUUUACUUGAAAUAUGUGGUGCCCAUUUGGUGUAGUUUUGGUGUAAGUUUAUCAAUCAGGAUUUCAAUCUGAAUUUCGCCUAUCAGAUAUUUCAGUUUGAAAUGUGUAGAAACACAAUGGUUAGACUGGAUAAUUAAUUGAAUGGGAUCAAUUGAUUUGACACAUCCCGUAGUCUAAAAACACAUAAAUAACUUUGGAAAACUGGUCCCAGGUGUCACAGUUGAUAUAGAAUAAUUCAAGAUAAUAGAAGAAUGACAAUAGAAGAAUAAAAGUGGAAACAACUACAAAAAUGCAGUAUCAUUGGUUUUAAGGCACAGAUUCAAAAGUGAGUGCCAAACCAAGUGUUGAAAUGUAGAGGAUGUGCUAUUCCCAGUCUCUGACAGGAUCCCACAUCCAUACAGACAUGGCAGGAAAGCUUAUGUUAAAUAUGAUCUGAUUUAGUGCUUCAUUUUAUCAAGGGCAUGUUUCUAAGAGUCUAAGAAUCGACUUAAGGUAUUAAUGCAAGUAUUUUCCCACACUGCUGUAAUUAUUAUAAUUUCUUUGCUGUUUAAACACUUUUCAAUAUUACAAUAUUUAUAAAGAUGACAGGUUGAAGCCUAGUAACUCUUCCACAAAACCAAAACUAAUCGUAUAAUAUUUAUGCCAGAAUUGUUAUUAUUUAAUAUGUUUAUUAAAUGAUGAGAGCCAGAUUAUCUUCCAUGAAAGAUUGUACUAAUUUAUUUUGCAAAGGAACUUGCAUGCAUGCCACCUAAACACACACACAAUUGUAUUAAAUAAAUUAACCAAAGAUUUAAACCCUAAA